AUGAGCGGCCUACGGUUCCUCGAUCUUGUCAAGCCCUUUGUGCCUCUCGUCCCCGAGAUCCAAUUGCCCGAGAGCAAGGUGCCGUUCAACAACCGCCUAGUAUGGACUGGUCUCACGCUCCUCGUCUUCCUCGUCAUGAGCCAGAUGCCGCUCUACGGAAUUGUGUCGUCUGAUACUUCGGACCCGCUCUACUGGCUGCGCAUGAUGAUGGCGAGUAACAGAGGUACGCUGAUGGAGCUGGGUAUCACCCCCAUCAUCACCUCGGGCAUGGUUUUCCAGCUUCUUGCCGGAACUCACCUGAUUGACGUCAACCUUGACCUCAAGUCGGACCGCGAACUCUACCAAACCGCUCAAAAGCUCCUUGCCAUUCUCCUGUCCUUUGGCCAGGCUGUUGUCUAUGUUAUCUCUGGUCUCUACGGACAGCCAUCCGACCUCGGUGCCGGUAUCUGCGUCCUGCUCGUCAUCCAGUUGAUGAUUGCUGGUUUGAUUGUCAUUCUCCUUGACGAGCUCCUCCAGAAGGGCUAUGGUCUCGGCAGCGGUAUCUCACUCUUCAUUGCCACCAACAUUUGCGAGUCCAUCAUGUGGAAGGCCUUCUCUCCCACCACCAUCAACACUGGUCGUGGCCCGGAGUUUGAGGGUGCUCUGAUUGCGCUUGUUCACUUGCUCUUCACCUGGCCCGACAAGACUGUUGCGCUCAAGGAGGCCUUCUACCGUCAGAACCUCCCCAACGUCAUGAACCUGAUCUCCACCGUUCUCGUUUUUGGCGCUGUCAUCUAUCUCCAGGGAUUCCGUGUUGAGAUCCCAGUCAAGUCUGCCCGCCAGCGUGGUGUCCGUGGCUCCUACCCUGUCCGUCUGUUCUACACCUCCAACAUGCCUAUCAUGCUGCAGUCUGCUCUCUCCUCCAACGUCUUCUUGAUCAGCCAGAUGCUCUACAGCCGCUUCUCUGACAACCUGCUUGUCAAGCUUCUCGGUGUUUGGGAGCCCAAGGAGGGUUCUGCUCAGCUUUUUGCUACCUCUGGUGUCGCUUACUACAUGUCUCCCCCUCUCAGCAUCACUGAAGCGCUCUCUGACCCCCUCAAGACCGCCAUCUUCAUCGUCUACAUGCUCGUCGCUUGCGCCGUUUUCUCCAAGACCUGGAUCGAGGUCUCUGGCUCCUCUCCCCGCGAUGUUGCCAAGCAGCUCAAGGAGCAGGGUCUGGUCAUGGCUGGUCACCGUGAGGAGUCUAUGUACAAGGAGCUCAAGCGUGUUAUUCCCACUGCGGCUGCCUUCGGCGGUGCCUGCAUUGGAGCUUUGUCUGUCGGUAGCGAUCUCCUCGGCGCUCUUGGCAGUGGUACCGGUAUUCUUCUUGCCGUCACCAUUAUCUACGGAUACUUUGAGAUUGCCGCCAAGGAAGGCGACAUGUCCGGUCUCAAGGGCAUGGUCAUGGGCUAG